AUGCGGGCGGCGGCGGCGCUGGCGGCGCUGGCGGCGCUGGCGGCGGCGGCGGCGGCGCUGCCCCGCGGGGCGCUGCUGCCGCACGGCGCGGCCCGCGGCGACGCCCGGCUGCGCCCCGGCGACGACGAGAGCUCGGGCGCGGAGCCGCUGCGGCGCCCGCUGCCCUUCUACGGCCGCGCCGCCCGCCGCCUCUACGUGGGGACCAAUGGGGUCAUCUCCACCCAGGAUUUCCCUAGAGAGACCCAGUACGUGGAUGAUGAUUUCCCCACGGACUUCCCUGUCAUCGCUCCCUUCCUGGCCGACAUCGACACCACUGGCGGCAGAGGGAACAUCUACUACCGGCAGGACGACUCAUCGGACGUGCUGAACCAGGCUGCGGACUACAUCCGGGCUGGGUUCCCCCGGGCGGCCGGGUCCUUCCUGCCUACCAACGCGUUCCUCGCCACCUGGGCGGACGUGGGCGCCUACGAGGAGGUCUCGCCGGACACGGAGCCCUCCCGGAAGCGCAACACGUUCCAGGCGGUGGUAGCCUACGACGCGUCGGACGCCUACGCUAUCUUCCUCUACCCCGAUGACGGCCUCCAGUUCUUUGGGACCCGCCCCAAAGAGUCCUACAACGUCCACCUGGAGCUGCCAGCCAGGGUGGGCUUCAGCCGCGGCGACGGCGACGACCCGAAGAAGGAAGGGCUCUUCUACAGCGUGGCCAACAGCGAGCGGGCCUUGAAGCACCUCUACCAGGCGAGCAACGUGAUGGUGCCCGGCGUGUGGGUCUUCCACAUCGGCAGCGCGGCCCCGCUGGCCAACGUGGCGCCGGCGGGCGGCGGGGGACACGCUGCCGCCGCCGCCGCCGCCGCGCCGGAGAGCGCCGUCGAGGACGAGCCCGCGGCGCCGGAGAGCGGCGCGGCGCCCGGCGAGAGCCUCGCGGCCGGCGGCCCGGGGGAGGACGUCGGCUCCGACGGGGACGCCUUCCGCGGCGGCAAGGAGACGUGCCGGGGCCACGGCGGGCGCUGCUCCCCGCACGCCGUCUGCACCGACCACGCCACCGGCCCCUGCUGCCACUGCCGGGCCACCUACUACGGCAACGGGCGGCAGUGCCUGCCCGAGGGGGCCGCGCACCGGCUCAACGGCAAGGUGAGCGGGCGGCUGGCGGUGGGCGCCGGCGCCGCGCGCUUCCAGGACGCGGAGCUGCACGCCUACGCGGUGGGCAGCGACGGGCGAGCCUACGCGGCCGUCAGCCGCCUGCCGCGGCCCGUCGCCCGCGCCCUGCUGCCCCUGGCGCCCCUCGGCGGCCUCCUCGCCUGGCUCUUCGCCCUCGAGGAGCCCGGCCACGAGAACGGCUUCAGCAUCGCCGGCGCCGAGUUCACCCAGCACCUGGAGGCCACUUUCUACCCCGGCGAGGAGACGGUGCGGGUCACGCAGCGCGCCGAGGGGCUGGGGCCCGACGGGCACCUCGCCCUGCGGACGCACGUCGAGGGCCGGGCGCCGGCCGUCCCCGAGGACGCGGCCGUGCACGUCGCUCCCUACACCGAGCUGUACCGCUACGCCGGCACGGAGGUGACGUCGGCGGCUCACCGGCAGUACGUGCUCACCUCGGGCGCCGUCAACCGGACCCUGUCGUACCGCCUGCGCCAGAACAUCACCUUCGCGGGCUGCCCGCACGCCGGCCGGCGCCCGCCCGCCGAGCAGCGCCUGCGCGUCGAGCGCGUCUUCGCCCUGUACGACGGCGCCGAGCAGGCGCUGCGCUCCGCCAGCACGAGCCGCGUGGGCCCCGCCGCAGCCCAGCCAGCGGAGUCGGCGGCGCCGGAGCGGCCCCGGAGCCUGUGCGAGCGCUGGCGGCAGAGCCUGCUGGAGCACUACGGCGGCAGCCCCCGCGGCGACCAGUACGUGCCGCAGUGCGACGCCGCGGGCGCCUUCGCCCCGCUGCAGUGCCACGGCGACAGCGGGUACUGCUGGUGCGUGGACCGGAGCGGCCGCGAGGUGCAGGGCACCCGCUCGGAGCCCGGCAGCCCCCCGCCAUGUCUCCCCAGCGUCGCGCCGCCCAGCGUCCGGCCCACGCCGCGGCCCGACGUGUCCCCGCCGGCCGCGGGGACCUUCCUGCUCUACGCUCAGGGCCAGCAGAUCGGCUACCUCCCGCUCAACGGCACGCGGCUGCAGAAGGAGGCGGCGAAGACGCUGCUCUCGCUGCAUGGCUCCAUCGUGGUGGGGAUCGACCACGACUGCCGGGAGAAGACGCUCUACUGGACCGACGUGGCCGGCCGGAGCAUCAGCCGGGCGAGCCUGGAGCCGGGCGCCGAGCCGGAGACCGUCGUCGGCUCAGGGCUGCUCAGCCCCGAGGGGCUGGCCGUGGACCACCUGCGCAGAGCCAUGUUCUGGACCGACAGCGGCCUGGAUAAAAUCGAGCGAGCCCGGCUGGACGGCUCCGAGCGGCGGGUGCUCUUCGACACGGAGCUCGUCAACCCCCGGGCCAUCGCGGUGGACCCCGUGCACGGCAACCUUUACUGGACUGACUGGAACCGCGAAGCGCCGAAAAUCGAAACUUCCACCGUCAACGGGGCCAACAGGAGGAUCCUGGUGAACAGGGACAUCGGCCUGCCCAACGGCUUGACGUUCGACCCCUUCGCCAAGCUGCUCUGUUGGGCGGACGCAGGAACGAAGCACCUGGAGUGCACGCAGCCGGACGGAACGGGCAGGCGCAUCGUACAGAACAACCUCAACUACCCCUUCAGCAUCGUCAGCUACGCCGACCACUUCUACCACACCGACUGGAGACGAGAUGGUGUGAUAGCUGUCAAUAAAGACACCGGCUCCUUUACUGACGAGUAUCUUCCAGAGCAGCGAUCGCAUCUCUAUGGAAUAACUGCAGUUUAUCCCUACUGCCCGGGAGCAAGAAAAUAGUAAAUACUACUUCAAGAAACCACAAUCUUUAUACCCAGAAGAACAUGAGAUCCAGGAGGCUAUCACUGCAUGCAGCUAAGGGGAAAAGCCCUUAACGAAGGCCAACGAAGUGACCUACUUUUCUGCAAAAGUUUAUCAGCUAUUUUUGAAGUUAUACCUCAAGUCUUUACUACUGUAUUAAAAAAAAAAAAAUGAAGAGCAUUGAUAUAUUAUAGAAAAUGGUCCUGUGAAUCUCAGGCCAUUACUCUAACUUUUGCUUAUACAAGCAAAUUUAAAAUGUAGUUGUCUUAAUCAAAUGUUUUAUUUUACUGGGAGAAAAAUGGAUUAGUAUUUUUAAGAGCUUGACAAUCUGACCAACAGGUCCCUUUUAACCAAAAAUAAGAGCAUAUGGAAAGCUUUGGAUGCAGUAUCUUGCUGGGUUUAAGUCAUGCACAGUCUUCAGGGCUGUAGAUGUUCAGAAAGCGUGCAAAACAGUUAAAUGAUACGGCAAAAGCAUUAAAAUUUUUCUAGAAGACAAUUCUGUAUUUCCAACACUGCCUCAAUGCAUGUCUUUUAGUAUUUAUAUUAGAAGAAUGCUAGAGUUAAUCUGUUCAUGCUUUUUUUUAAGUGCCUUCAUAGACCUACCCAAUGUAGACCAAUACAUGUUCAGAAAUACCAUUUAAGUUGUAAUGCUUCACUUUUUCUAGGUUACUUCAACAAUUAAAUAAAAUGGUUGUUUAAAGUUCCCCUUCA